AUGGAGCUGGGACUCAGUGUUGGUGCCAUCAGGUUCACAGUGAAUUCACCUCAUCUCAUGACAAGCAAGGAGUUGAGCAAGGGGAUUUGAACAAGAUGCGGCCAUGUCUGCGCAAGCAAAUGCUGACCUGCGCCCCUUUCCCACAGGACCUCGAUGCAAUACUUUGCAUAGGAGAGAGCGAGUACAGGGAGCUGCUGAGACUCAACUCUGCCAUCAUUGCACACCCUGACUUUGACUCAAUUGGGAGGGGUCUGUCUGCAGAUGCUUGGGUAGAAUUGAGGGUACAUCCCAUCAACGCUGUGCCAGAUGUGUUGGAGAUUUGCGCAUCUGUGCCAGUCUUUAUGAUCCUUUCUACCUCUUUUCCAGCAGAAGCCCAUCUUGCAGAGAUUCACCGCUCAGGAAUUCAGCUGAUGUUUGCAGCUGCUGCUUGGAUGCACCUGGGUGCUGACCCAGAGCAAGUGGCAGACAUUGUAGAUGGACUCAGGACCGUUACGAGCAUCAAUGGGGUCUACUUCUUUCCAGUAGUCUCAGACAAUGAGCCCCGUCUUUGA